CUCAUCAUUUGCUUCUCUCGACCACUGUCGAAAGUCUCUCAACUGCUUUUGGGUAUUCUACACCUAAGCGCAGUGACCAACCCAUAGUGAAACAGGCUCAAAAAAAGGGCUAUCAUCCGCAAUGCCGGCUUGAGCUACACAGAGAGCCAUGACAGCUGUGUCGUUCCAAUAGACGUCACUUCCUCCACAUCUUUACACCUACUAAGCCAGCGAAACCCGCUUCACUGCAAGCUCCUCCACCAACGCUAGACUUAUCAACCCGCGCCCGUCACGACAACCCGCGCAUCUCGGCCACAACCAACUACCUGCGUCGAUCGCGAUACUUUUACGGUUAUUCGGGCGUCAUGGCGCUGCGAUCCGACGUGAACGGCACCACUGCGCCUACCGCUGAGCCUAACGGAGCUGCCUCGGCAGCGCGACCCAGGAUGAACGGCCGUUCAACCUCGAACGAUGCUACCAGGAGCGACGACGAUGAUCAACGACCGUUGAGCGCACCAAACCGGCGCAACGGAAGCAUAGCGCUCGAGACAAGAGACGACAUCGAGCAUCACCAGAAAACGCGGCCUUCCAAGCCAAUACUCCUCCGGUCGAAGAGCGACUACGCGCCCCGGCCGAUGGAAGAGCCUGAGCCAACAGAAGAUGACAUACCUGAAUGGGGUGCUAGACAUGGUUUUGAGGAUCAUUAUCAAUCGGAGGACAUCAUAUCUCAGCUGGCUAACGUGAGUUUCCCCUCUCAAUCAUGUCAAUUUGCCGGUCAGUCAUCUUGGAUACACCCAGCCUCUGUAUCAUGCUCGACAGAUGCAAGAUAAAGAAGACCUGGUUGUAGUAUGCCGUGGCACGUGGAAACAAGCACCUCUGGCAUCAGCCUCGAGCCUCCCGGCAACUUGAUCACCUGUUAGAUGUCUUCUGCAUCAGCCCUAGAGGAAUAGAUCCAUUGCUCUGACUCGGGGACCAUUCAUGCACGAUAUUCAUGUUGCCCUGGGUUUACCUAGCUAAUUAUGCCCUCAGAACUGGUAUAUGUAUUUUACCGAUAAACGACAUGAGACGACAGGCAAACCUAAACCACUACAAUAUGAACUUCAAGAUUGGCGGCAGAGAGACAGGUUAAAAACAGUGUCUGCAGCUCUCGCGGUGUGUUUGAAUAUAGGAGUUGAACCCCCUGACCAGCUCAAGACCAACCCAGGUGCGAAGCUCGAGGCCUGGACAGAUCCUACAAUACCUCCCAUCCAGAAAGCCCUCGAAAACAUUGGCAAGUCACUUCAGGCGCAGUACGAAACGCUUGCGAUAAGAGCGCGAUACAAACAAUACCUCGAUCCCUCCGUCGAGGAGACAAAGAAAUUCUGCAUCUCGUUACGCAGAAAUGCCAAGGAUGAACGUGUUUUGCUUCACUAUAACGGUCACGGCGUGCCCAAGCCAACCGCAUCAGGCGAGAUUUGGGUUUUUAAUAAGAACUACACACAAUACAUCCCUGUAUCACUGUACGACCUGCAACAUUGGCUUCAAGCUCCCACCAUCUUUGUCUGGGAUUGUUCUGAAGCCGGCAACAUUCUCAACAACUACCAUCGAUUUGUUGAGAAGCAUGAAGAAGAGGAGGAGGAGGCCGCAGAGCGCGACCCAAACUACACGAAAACUAAUUUCAGGCCUUAUAUCCAUCUGGCUGCCUGCGCUGUCAAAGAGAAUCUCCCGACAAACCCUCUUCUGCCUGCUGAUCUGUUCACAGCUUGCCUCACCACUCCCAUUGAGAUGGCUCUGUGGUUCUUCGUUCUGCAGAACCCCCUCAAGACCAAUAUCAGCCCAGAGCGGGCAAAAAAACUACCCGGUCGCCUCCAGGAGCGGCGAACACCACUGGGGGAACUUAAUUGGAUCUUCACUGCUAUCACAGACAGCAUUGCGUGGACAACACUGCCUCGUGAUCUCUUCCGGAAAUUCUUUCGACAAGACCUGAUGGUGGCAGCGCUGUUCCGCAAUUUUCUUCUUGCCCAACGCGUCAUGACGGUCUAUGGAUGCCACCCUCAGUCCUAUCCUAAGCUACCCGACACCCACCAGCACCCAUUGUGGGAGACCUGGGAUCUAGCCGUUGACAUGGCAUUGGCUCAGCUCCCUAUGCUUGAAAAGAAAGAGAGCGAAGGCUUUGAUUAUGAAUAUCAAAACUCGACAUUCUUCACAGAACAGCUUACUGCUUUCGAUGUUUAUCUUACUAGGGGCGAUGCAAUGGCCCAAAAGUCACCCGACCAGUUACCGGUUGUGCUCCAGGUACUGCUCAGCCAACAACACCGGGUUCGUGCUCUUAUCUUACUCGGCCGGUUUCUCGACCUGGGCCCGUGGUCUGUUCAGCUCGCUCUCAGUAUUGGCAUUUUCCCAUAUGUCCUCAAACUCUUACAGUCGGCUGCGGCCGAGUUGAAGCCAGUUAUGGUCUUCAUCUGGGCUCGUCUCAUUGCAGUGGACCUUUCUUGUCAGCAGGACCUCAUCAAAGAUAGCGGCUAUAGCUACUUCGCACAGAUUCUGAAACCCUCCGAAGGAUUGCCUGUUGUUGACAGCGACGAACACAAGGCAAUGUGCGCUUUUAUUCUCGCUAUGCUAUGCAAGGAUUACAAAAAUGGUCAAAUGGUCUGUAACCAGACAGAGAUUAUGUCAUAUUGUUUAACUCAUCUUCAAAAUGAGGAGAACCCUCUUCUGCGCCAGUGGGCAUGUCUCUGUAUAAGCCAGCUUUGGCAAGACCUUCCAGAGGCCAAGUGGCGUGGAAUCAGGGAGAAUGCAUACGUCAAGCUCGCUUAUCUCGUGAGGGAUCCUUGUUGCGAGGUACGGGCAGCGAUGAUCCAUGCCAUGACUACAUUUCUGGGUAUUCCUGAUCUGACAGAGGAAGUGGCCCGUAUUGAGGAGUCUAUUGCAUGGACGAUACUUGACAUGGGUAAUGAUGGAAGCCCAAUGGUCCGCAAGGAGUUCAUUGUGUUUCUUUCUCAUUUUGCUAUUCGCUUCGAGAGCAAGUUUUUAGUUGCAGCUUACGAACAACUGGUUGAGGAGAAGGAGUAUCUCAUAUUCCCUCCCCAAGAUGACGGCCAGGAACACAAGAUGGGCUUGCAUUACGCAAGGCCGGAUAAUCGCAACAAGGAUGGUACCAUCAAGCCAAUGGCCCAUGGUCUAUCUCAUAACACAGUAUAUAUGGCGUUGUGGAAGCUGGCUCUCGUUCUCAGUGUGGAUCCUCAUCCUGAGGUACAACGCGAAGCGACUAUCGUUGUAGACUUUGUUCACAACGCGCUGCUCAGCUCAAAAGUCGGAGUUCAGACGCAGCUAGUCAUGGCAGAGAUUCGAAAGCGUACGGCAAGGACAGCACAUAAGCAUACUCCGAGUGCAAGCCAGCGAAAUAAUGCUCCUGGCACUUCUAACUCGCAGCCUUUACCCUCCCCAGGACUCCUUCGUCGAACUGCGAGCUUGCUUUUUCCAUCACUGGUCACCAAUGAGGACAAAUCAAGACCGACAACCCCGACUUUGCCCCGAUCACCAUCCCUAAAACUCACGCCGAAUCAAAUACCGGUGCCUGCAGAGCAAAACGAUCGACCAUCAUCGCUGGCUCAAUACAAUGUUGCGCAUGAACCCUAUUCAGGCGCAUACAAAGAGCGGGAUCUGAUGAAGCCUCCUGCACUGCCUCUCAAGAGCAAAUUCCUGGAAUGGUCAAUUGAGUAUUUCCGUGAACCACAGAUGAAGCCGAGUGAGGCAGAUGAACCUGGAAGUACCGAAUACAAUGAGCGUCUUUGGCGAAGAGCUCGGAAUGAAACCAUUUUCAGAGAAACUCAGCCAUUGAAGCAACAAGCGGGAAGUCACAAAUGGAAUAAUCAACUUGGGAUCAUCAACAAUGGUGCUCAACCUGCUAAGAUGACCUUCCAUCAAUUUGAAGAUCAUCUUGCUGUAGCGGACGACGGUAACACUGUUUACGUAUGGGACUGGAAGAAGCAAGGACGAUUGAGUCGUUUCAGUAACGGUAAUCCAGAAGGCUCCAAGAUCAGCGACAUGAAGUUCAUCAACGAAGACGACCAGGCGAUGCUACUGACAGGAUCAUCUGACGGUGUGAUCAGAGUUUAUCGCAACUACGAAUCGGAUAGAGCCAUUGAACUUGCAUCAUCCUGGCGUGCCUUAACACACAUGGUACCCAGUAACGUCAACUCUGGCAUGGUGUUCGACUGGCAACAAGUCACUGGUCGAGUCCUUGUUGCUGGCGAUGUCCGAGUAAUUCGAGUGUGGUAUGCCGCUUACGAGACGUGUGUCAUGGAUAUCCCAGCACGCUCGGGCUCCUGCGUGACUUCGCUCACCUCGGAUCAAAUGACGGGUAACAUGUUUGUUGCCGGCUUCGGAGACGGUGCCGUUCGAGUCUUUGACACCAGAAAUCGACCUCAAGAGUCCAUGGUGCGCAAAUGGAAGGAUGAGUCAGAUCGACAAUGGAUCAAGAGCGUACAUAUGCAGCGCGGCGGACAACGCGAGCUCCUGAGUGCAAGCAGGAAUGGCAAAGUCAAAAUCUGGGAUAUCCGCAUGGAUAAGCCGCUGCACUCAUUCCAAACAACACGAGACACACUUAGAACAGCCAGCACUCAUGAACAUCUACCAGUCUUUGCAGUGGGUACAUCGGCCCACGCAGUGAAGGUCUUUAAUCUUGAUGGGCAUGAGCUUUCGAAUGUUGAGCCCUAUUCAAGCUUUCUGCAACAGAACCGCAGCUCGCCUAUAUCGGCCACUGCAUUCCACCCUCAUCGACCAAUUCUUGGAUGUGCUGCUCGAGGUGAUCAACAUAUCAACUUGUUCACUUGCGAGAAAUCGGAGUCUCUGCACCCAAGCUAGCGUCCUUGGGGCGGCAGGUUCCGCUUAUAGCAAUACAUAGGAGAGGACAAAUGAGACGGGAUGUAUUGAUUGCCCGGACCAUGGAGGAAGGGUGUCAUUCAGGGGAUACGGAUGUGGGGUUCAAACGGGUGGUAACGUUAGCUGUAUAGGUUGCAUAUCAUAUCAUCCAGGAUUUCUUUCGAUGCUGGCGUUUAGGAGUAGGCAAGACAAGCGAGGCGAUGGAGGCUCAGGACGAAGCGAAUCUCUUUCCACAACGGAAACAUCUCGUCGGCGUCGCCAAAUUCCGCGACGUUGGGCGGAAAUGGUUUCGUUAGAAUAUAGGACGGGACAUUGGAGAGAUGUAUGAUAAACCUUAAUAUGAAUUGCUAAUUUGAGCCUGGGGCUUGUGGUCUUUGCGUAUAUGGACACUAAAAAGAAAAGCAACCGUUUAGAUGGCAUUUUCUUUGGAUCAAAAUGCUGGGGUUAAUAAGG